CUGGAGAAUAAUAACAAUCGGGCCGUGGACCAAGCGCGCGGCUCCUCGCGCACCGCGACGAUCGCGCGUGCGAGACGGAGAAACGGUCGCGCGUCCACCGUUGCUUGCAUUGCGUUUCGCUCAUUCCGUAUUAGCUCGUGGCCGCGCGACGCAUACGCGCGUUUUACGCUCGUCUGCUACGCUUAACGUGAUGCCGCGAAAUAUGGCGACCCAACGGCUCGGAGAGAGAGAGACCGAAACCGUGCGCAUCCGCGUAAACUCUGGAUGGUCGACACGAGAGCUCGCGAGGUAGUCGGGCUAUGGAAAGUAUGGUCGAGGAAAAUGGAUCAACCGUCGAUCCGUUGUCUGUGCAGGGCUCCCAGAGCGACUCAGCACCAGCAAUCGCAACCUCGGUGCAAUCGGUCAUACAACCCAAUCAACAGUCCGUAAUACAGACCGCCACAAACAUACAACCUGUCGCAAUCUCCAAAGGAAACGUUAUUCUGGUUAGCAAACCUAACUCCGUUAUACAAACUGCACAAGGCAGUUUACAGACACUUCAAGUGGUGGAAACUGGUAGUGACGAUAGUUUCUCAGACGAGGAUUCACCCAAGAAAAGGAAUAUUCUAACCAGACGACCGUCUUACAGAAAGAUUCUCAACGAUUUAGGCGGAGGAGAAAUUACAGACGGUCGUUUGCCCCCCUUAGAAUCAUCCUCCGAGUGUGAUUCUAACGUGGACAGUGAAGUGUCUUCCCAUUCGCUCCAUUAUCAAACAGUAAUUCCUGCCGGUACUAUACAAAUUGCGACCCAAGGGGAGGGAGUUCCGGGGCUUCACACGUUAACUAUGAGCAAUGCGGCGACAGCGGGUGGAGCUAUAGUGCAGUAUGCACAGGGCCAGGACACUCAAUUUUUUGUCCCAGCUUAUACAGGUCACGGAGUAGUAGUGGAGGAUGCGGCACGAAAGAGAGAGUUAAGGUUGCUUAAGAACAGAGAAGCGGCACGUGAAUGUAGAAGAAAGAAGAAAGAAUAUAUAAAGUGCUUAGAAAAUCGUGUUGCGGUGCUGGAGAAUAGAAAUCAGACACUAAUCGACGAACUGAAAUCGUUAAAAGAAUUAUAUCAGCAGAAAACCGACUGAGAUUGGUGUUUAAAACCUGCGCGACAGUGUAUCAAAACUAUUAUCCAGUCGAUGAACCUGUACAUGUCUUGUUUGUGUACAUUAUCCUAAAUGUUGCUAGGGGUAAGCGAUGGUGAUGUACAUGCAUUCUUAUAGAUAUUUCUCUGUAACAUACUGUAUUUAAGUACGAAUACGAAGGCUUGUGAAACUUGCUGUUACUAAAGCGGGAAGCCAAAGUUAUAUGAGACAUGGAGGCAGCAAACACGUAGGCAAUAUUUCGUAUAUCAGUCUCUAUUUUGGAUAAACACAGCGCGUGAUUCAUUUAGAAUCUGCCUACUCGAAAUUUUGACCUUAUAGACUGAAACGAUUAGAUCGCAUUAAUAAUAUAACUGGCAAAUGAUAUUCGUGUUUGUUUAGCAUCACUGUCUACCGACCGUUUGUACUAGAUGAAGGCGUGUCUUGCUUCAUUAUGACACGCUGCAGUUUAUUUCUCUAAUCUAAUAUAUACAUAUAUAAAAAAAAUAUAUAUAUGAAAGCGUUGACGCGCUAACCGAAAAUAGCGUUUCGACUAUCUAUAUAAAAAGUUUAAUGUAAAUAUUUCAACAAAACGUGCCGUGGCUUACAAUUGUGUACAACAAAUAAUGUUUGAAACACUUGCGAUUCAUAGACGUCCGUUUCUCACACACACACACACACACACACACACACACACACACACACACACACACACACAUCUUAGAAA